AUGCACGCCCUCAUAGCCUACCCCCUUCUCGGCAUCUUCUCCUAUAUCAGCCUAACCGCCGCCCUCUACGCCCUCUCCCUCAUCUCGCCCCCCUUCCUCGCCACAAGCAUGACAUUCUACGCGCGCCUCCUUGCCUCCUGGUUCAGCCUCCUCCUCUGCGCAACCUACGGCGUCAUCGCCUCUCUAUUGCUGCGCCUCGCCGGCCACGGUGGGCUCUCACAAUGGACCGUCGCGCGAGCCUUUAAGUGGAGCAUGUACCUGACGACCGGCGUCUGGUUCGCCAUCGAGGGUGAAGAGCACCUCCAAACGCGGCCCGCGGUGUUCGUAGGGAACCACCAGACAGAACUCGACGUCGCGGCUCUCGGGCACAUCUUCGCGCCUUACACGAGCGUGACGGCGAAGUCGAGCCUCAAGUAUAUCCCCUUUCUGGGCUGGUUCAUGGUGCUGAGCAAGAGCGUGUUCAUCGACCGGACGAAUCGGGCGACGGCGAGGAACGCGUUCGAUGGCGCGGCGGAGGUGAUGCGGAGGGAGCGGCAGAGCGUCUUCAUCUUCCCCGAGGGCACGAGGAGUUACGCGGAGCAGCCGAUGUUGCUCCCGUUUAAGAAGGGGGCGUUUCAUCUGGCGGUUAAGGCGCAGGUGCCCGUUGUGCCGGUUGUGGUGGAGAAUUAUGCGCACAUCCUAAAUGUUAAGAGGAGGGUGUUUAGGGCGGGGACGAUCAGAAUUUCAGUAUUGCCGCCGAUCGAGACCACGGGACUCACGCCGGCGGAUGUGGAUGACCUGACACAGAGGACGAGAGAUGCGAUGUUGAAGGAACAUCUGCGGAUGGCGCAGCGGCACAGCGAGGGCUCGACGAUGUCUGCGGAUACCGCCGUCUCGUCAGGAGUGGACUCGGGAAAGAAGGUUGUUGCUCAGUUAUAG